AAACGAGUGUUUCGCUGAAGUGUAGUUUCACCGCCAGCUCUGUAGAGGGCGCUAGUGGUUUGUGUUUUGUCUCGCUCUAACGAAGAAGAAGAAGAAGUAGUGUUUUGACAAGAAAAGGAGGGUGGGGGAGUUUUCGGAAAAGUGUUUUACGGUGCUGGAUAGAGGAGUUGCGUGUUUAAUCAAGUGAAAAAGAAAAUCCCCUCGUCGAAUCCGUGGUUCUGGUGAAAGAGUGGAAAAUGUAAACAAAUCGCCCACUUUCAACGAGCAGCAGCCGAACAACAGAACCUUUCUUCACUCUUCCUCGCGAGAGGAGCAAACGAAGAGAUUGCGUAGCGUGGGUGUGCCCGUGUUUUGUGCGCGUUGUGUGUGCGUGUGUGCCCAUUAUCAGCAUCAUUGUCGAGAGCAUGGAACAACAACAAAGUGGGCAGUCGUCUGAUACGAAGACGAGCACAAUCACCGCACCCUCCUCCUCCUCCGGCCAGGAUACUAAAAACGCUCGCGAAACCCCGGACCGUCCAGUCACAAACAGCAGCCCCCCAGCGGCGACGACCCCCCUGGUGGGUGACGCAUCAUCGCCAUCCAGCACGUCAGUGCUGGGAUCGAAGUCGGACGAUAAUUUGAGCAUCAAAUCGUCCGAUUCCGUGACGACCAGUGGCGAGUACGAGAUCGUUCCGGAGGCUCCGCUGGAAACGCUGCUGGACGCGGCCACGGAAGGGGUAGGACGGUCGAGUGGGGAACCGGAGCAAGACACUGCCAGCAACAUCGCCGACCUUGCGGAGUGUAUCGCCGAGUGGAAGAUCGGUGGUACGGUGCCGUCGUCGUCGUCCUCGAAGGUGCUGAAGGCGGCCAUCUCGCCGAUACUGAACAUCGAGGGUGACGGAAACAUGAUGGAUUUGGAGAAGAACAUGAACGAGGUGAUACACGAACUGGACGAGGAGCGCACGCUGAGCGGAGCCACCGAUCCGAGCUCUUCAGACAAAGCAACUCCUGUACGGAGCCCCGCAAAGCCUCAAACGAAAUCGUCCAGCAGUCCAUCCAAGCAACCUAAGGUAGCAACAACGACGACGGGCAGCACCAAACCGCAGGUUCCAACAUCGCUCCAGCUAAGUCUGCAAAACCUGCGAGCGAAUGCCACGGAUACUCCGACACCGAACGCGACCAGCCCCACCGGUAUGCUAUCGCCGGAGCAGGCCACCGGGGUCCGUGGCGUUGGACAGUCCGUGUUCUACGAUUGCAUCGAUAGCAGCCCGAUGACGGAGAAGAAGGACGACAUGAAACCGGAGGGUGAGCGAAGCGAUGAAACCGACGAAGAGCUGUCGGACAUCGACCAGGACUGUACCAUCUUCAGUGGCGUCACGUAUCUCGGUGCUUCACGGAUCAAUGCACCGAAAUCGGAACGCGAGAUACUGCAGAAGGUAUCGGAGAUGAAUACGGGUGGCGGUAGCAGCAGCAGCAGCAGCAACCGAAUGCCACCGUCCGUGAAUGGUGGCAACGAUAGUCCGCUGGGACUGAAGGUUUCCGUGAGCAUUCCGAACUGCUCCGAGGGGCUAGUUGUGCUGUACGACUGUGAGUCGCAUUCGGUGGUGGCCACAUACGAGGUCCAGCGGAUACUAUUCUUCGCCCGUGGCCCAAUUGGCAGCGUUGAUCAGGCGUGCUUUGCCUUCACCUGGUCCCAUGGGGAAUCACAGGAUACGGCCGUCCACCAGUGCCACGUGUUUCGCUGUAACAUCCCGGAAGCGGUCACGCAAGUCAGCACUUGCUUUGCUAAAGCUUUCCAGCGGGCACUGCCACCGAGCGUUCCGGUCAGCAUGUCCACCUCGUUGGCCGACAGUGGGCUGAAUGUGAUGCUAGCGUCGGUCACAUCGGACACCGCCGGCAAUCCGAUCCAAUCGGCCAUGUACGAGUUUGCCGUUUCACUCGAGAUCAAGGAGAAGGAACGGAACGGGUACGUGACCGUGCCGCGCGACGUAAAAUCGAGUUUCCGAUUGCGCUGCAAGACGGACAAGGAGGUUUGCAUCACCGUGCGGCAGGUACCGUCAGAACAGUAUCCUCCGUUACUCGUCGAACGGUGCUUCGGGGUGCUGCUGAGCCCGGGCAAGAUCGUACGUCAGGCCGACAUGCAGCUGCUCGAUAUGGUGAGCAUGGGAUACGUGAAACCCGCCGAAGGAGCUGGAAACGCCGCUUCUGCGACGCCGAUGGCGUCUACCACGGGAACAACAACGGGCAGCACCAAUAGCAACAGCAGCAGCGCCAUCGUGGCCACCAAUUUCUCCCAGUUCCCUUACCAAAUCAAGGCCGAAUGGAAGGCAAAUGCGUUCGAGCCGCUUAACAUGGAAACGCCGAAGAAGGCACUAACCGUGGCCGUCGAUCUAGUCAUCAAGGGCAUCCAGGAGCCGGUGCGGUUCGUGAUUGAAACGUCCGUCUCGAUCCUGGCCGGGAACGAACUGCGUAUCGUGCAGAAUCUGUUCAACAACAAGCGACCGCUGCUGCUGCAUUUCUA